AAAAUCCUGAACCAGCAUGCUGAAAAGGCCCGGUUUGGAUCCACGGAGCACUGGGAAGCAUUUGUCAAUUUUUGCACACCCGACAAGGGAAUUCGCGCUCAUUUUGCCAUGCUCAUCGGUUGCCUUAGCGCCCACCGUGAUCGCCUUUCGCAAUGUCGCAAUCCACCUCCAGAGUCAUCCCUCGUCUGUUGGGCUUUGAUUCACAUGGGAAGCCCCAUGUCUGACUUCCUGGGGUGGUCACUGGCCAGAGAAGAAGGGACACAAGAAUACUGGACGAUCGAUGUCCUAGAGGAGCAUCUGCUCCUUUGGAUCAGCAUAUUCGAGAGCGGACCCGCAAAGCGCUACGAGGAAAAUGUCAUACGCUUAACGUCGUCGCUACACCCCAACCAGAGUGCCACUAACGGACCUAGUAUUGCACAUGCUUUUUCGUCCCAUUUGAAACAUAGGCGCUGGGCACAUCAAUUAUGGAAAGUGUUUUGGAACAAACAUUUCCAAUAUAUGGCUAAGGCACAUCAGCCUGAAGACGCGGAAAUG